CGAGCAGCCUUCACAAAAUACUUUAAGUUAACUAUUUUUUAAAACUUAUUUCCUACUGUUGAUGAAUGUCACGGUUUGUUUUAAUUUGUAUACUCACUUUCAAAGCUAGUCUGACGCUAGGUCUUUUUGAUAUGUUGGACGAAUCAUGUGAAUCAUCUGACGGAUUAGAUAAUAUUUUUUCAGAUGAUUUCAGUAAAAUUUCUACCCUAGAAGAGGCAGGAGGACUGCCUACGUUGUGUGGGAUCUGUGAGAAGCCAUUUACUAACCCGGUUAUUCUGAGUUGUUUGCACAUAUUUGACCGUGAUUGCGUCCGAAACUUCGAGAAAAAUGAUAGCAUGGUACCUUACACUAAAUGCCCACGAUGUGAUACUCUAUCUGGAAGUGUCAAGACACUGGAAGCUUAUGAUUUAUCUGUAGCCCAAACGCGCUCUGAAGGAGACGGCUCCCAUAAAGUGAGUGGUGCAACUGUUAAGUGUUCAGUAUGUACUGAUGGAAACGAUGCUCUUUACCGAUGCCUACAUUGCGCAGGAACACUGUGUGAACGGUGUCGCGAUAUUCACAAGGUUAUGAAAGUUUUCUCAAAUCACGAAAUACUUGACCUAACUGAGGAAGAAAAAGGAAAUGCGGAGAUUUUGCAACGCAACAUGCUGAACACUAAACCAGUCAUGUGUACAAUUCAUCCAGAAUCAACGUUCACUUCAUUCUGUUUGCAGUGUCAUGUAAAAAACUAGUCCUAAAUAAUUUUUCCUCUUUAGAUUCCUCUUUGUGAAACGUGUUUUGAAUGCGAACAUAAAGGACAUAUAACCAUCCUUUUGGAGUUGGUACCCACACAUAUAGACUCUUUACUGUCAGAUAUGGUCGAAUGUUGUCGGUUGAGGCAAAAAGACUUCCGCGAUUCUAUUGAGAUGAUGCACAGUUUGCUUUCAGAGUUAAGUUCAUCCAGAGAUGCCAACAAAACCCUGAUAAAUAAAACGUGUAAACAGUGGAUAACAUCCAUCGAAAGAAUCAAGGUGAGUGAGCUAGAUACAAUUUACUUUCUCCUAGGAUCAGUUUGUCCACAAAAAUAGAGAAAUCCAUGACGAAUUAGAGAUGAAAAUAUGGUCUCGAAUUAACACGAUGAGCAAGACUGUAGAUCAUGUAGAUUUCGCAUGUGACUUUGUAAAUGUCUACUUAAAAAAAUGUUCCAAUAUUGAAAUUUGCAAGCUCUUUAAAAAUGUGCUUGCUUGUUUUGACAAGUUAUCAAAGCAGCAAGUUAUCAAUGACCCUUCAGCCAAAGUUGUUUUCUCACCAGGAUUAUCAACUUACGAUGUCAUUCAUCAACAUUUCGGUACCUUCAGCUUUACGAAUGGAUUAGACCAAGAUUUACAACAGGUUUCUGAUUCUGUAUUAGAAGGAUUUACGGCCUCAAACUCCCAUAUAGCUGUAUUGAGUAGUGUGGGUGAUAUAGCUAACGAUCUCAAGCAACUGACUCUCAAGGUUGAUGGUCACAUGGAUCCGGAUCAUCUUGGGGGCCUGGAUCAUUCAGCCACAGUGCAUUUACCACCAGUUAGUCUGGUACAGCAAGACAGUACGUGUGAAAAUAUCAAUCCAUCGGCAGUUGGCAACGGGAAUAUGAUUAACUACAUAUCGAGGUCUAGCAAUUCAGGUGCUCCUGGACGCCACACUAGUAACUGGUGUGAUUUGAAUGUUACUUUACCAAGUCUUGAGCCGCCUGAUUUCUUGUGUAACGUAACACAAGUCGACCCAGUUUUCAGCAAUCCGUUUAUCACUACAGACAACCUGAGAGCCCCAGGAAGUAAUGUAUCAACAUUAGAUGUGGAUUCUAGUCUUAUUUUAAAACAAAAGCUUCCUGUCAAUUAUAAUGCAACCUUGUACGAAUACAGUCGAAUGAGAGCGGCUCGCUGUUCACAAAUGAAUCUUUUGACGAAGUGGGGUUCUCUCGGUUGUGAAUUAGGACGUCUGAAUUCUCCCCAUGGCUUUUGUCUGGGUUUUGAGGAAGAGAUAGUUGUUGCUGACACAUAUAAUCAUCGAAUACAGAUAUUCACAAAGCGUGGUGACUUUGUAUCAUUCUUUGGAGUCUCUGGUAGAGUGGAUGGCUUGAUGUGGUAUCCGCGCAAAGUGGCAAUUAUUAGACAGAGCCAACGAUAUGUGGUGUGUGAUCGUGGGAACGAACGGUCUCGAAUGCAGCUGUUUAGCCGAAGUGGUCAUUUUGUACGACGUAUCCCGAUUCGGUACAUCGAUAUUGUUGCAGGGCUUGCAAUCAAUCAACAUGGACACAUUGUUGCUAUUGAUAGUGUUUCGCCAUCGGUUUUUGUUGUAUCAGAGGAAGGUGAUCUGAUCCGUUGGUUCGAUUGUAGUAACCACAUGAGAGAACCAUCAGAUGUCGCGAUACAUGGUCGAGAGUACUAUAUUUGCGAUUUCAAGGCACAUUGUGUCAUUGUUUUUCAGGAGGAUGGGUCGUUUAUUCGUCGUAUAGGAGGCGAAACAAUUACUGACUUUCCAAACGGUAUAGAUGUUAGCGACCAUGGAGAUGUACUAGUUGGAGACUCACAUGGGAACCGUUUUCAUAUUGCUGUGUUUAGUCGAUCGGGAGAGCUGCUAAGCGAAUUCGUUUGCAAUCAAACAAAAGUCAGUCGCUCAUGCUGCUUGAAAAUAACGACCGAGGGUUAUGUUGUUACGCUUGCUCGCAGUUCUAAUAAUGUUCUGGUCCUCAAUACUUUAUAUAUAUGUUAACAAUGAUUUUCAGCCGGUUACUAUCCACAGCACAGCCAGCAUACUUCCCAAGAUAUCGUUCUUCCACUCACUCAUAGCAUCACAAUGUUUUACUCGAAAUCAUAUUUGGUUUUACUAAGUAUUCAUUCUUGUCCGUUUUGGACAGUUUCUAGCUUUCGUGCUUCAAGAGUCAUUUUCCCCCGUGAGUAUUUCGGGGUGCUCGUGAUAACUUUUUUUUUCAAUUUACAGUAUGUUUUUUCGGUUUAUUCAUGUUCAUUUUUUUCUUAUCAGUUUUGUGGACUCUAGUUUCAACAGAGUUCGGCCUUUUCCCAUAUUUAUAUUG